UUGCAAUCGGCUUUCGCAGGGUGUCCGCCGAAAAGGACUUGGUUUUUGUAUUGACCUCUAAAAAUCCACUCUUUUCACUUACUUACAUUAUCAACAAUUGGCCUCAUUCCUCAUUCGACGCACAUGAAGGCGCCGGUAGGUUCCGCGGGACCGCCGCGAGUCGACAGCGAUGAACUGGACGUCGCCACAGGCACCUCCGCGUUCUCCGUGUCACCCUCAUCACCGUCACAGUCUUCGCGUGCGCUGGAUCGCUCUGUGGGCGACACAAACGCUUCCAACUUCUCGGUGUCACCUUCGCCGCUCUCGUCGCCGUUGCAUUCGGUUCUGAGGCCUCCAGUCAAUAUCACGACCUCGCCACCACCUUCAGAACCGUCUACCGGCUCUGCAGACUCCCAAUCACCGCUUAAAUCCGCUCUGCGCAAGCCCAACAGUCCGCAGAAGCCCAAAAUCGCGCGAAGAGUCUCCAUCGAACACAAUGUGCAAAUGGACGCAGAAUCCAGACGAAACCGAGAGAGAUUGAGCUCCUCUCAACAUUCCGCAGCUUCAGCCGAGUCCGCACGCUCUGGAUUGGGCGACUCGGGCGUGAGUUUGCGGUUCCGACGGACACCCACGAACAGCAAGACGUCGCACCGCAGCUCCUUCGCUAUGCGAGACACUGUGCUGUCCAGAAUGUCGUCCAACGUGGGUACAUUGCGAGAGAGUUUCUUCGGCGUGAUAGGCAGAGGCACAACCGUGAACGACCCACUGGAAUUGUCUCCAAACCAGGAAUUCGAUCUGGAUGUCAUUGACGAAAGUGGGGGGUUGGAUGAAAAUAUCGGACAGAUUCUCAAACCUCAAGUGGAUUUUAGCAAUUGGUCCAAGGAAGGGUACCUGGUCUUAUCCGUGGGUCUGAUCUUAUUGGUCAUAAUGGUCAUUUUGGCGGAAACAGUGAAUUCUCUAAAUGGGUACAACAUCGACCCGGGUCUCGUAUUUGGCUCGCUAUUGACACUGAUCCUCUGCGUCUGCGUCUUCGUGACGUAUCAUGGCGUGCAGAGCUACCAGAGACACCCCAAUCCACUGAUUUACUAUAAAUGCGUCAUCGAUAUCUUCUUGGCGCUGAGGUUCUUACUAGACCCGAUGCUACUGGAUAUGGGCGUAUACAAAGCGGGUGACGAAGCUUCGUGUGCGUAUUUAUCCGGCAUUACGCAGUUUCUGUAUCUUUCAAGUGAUUGCUGGUACUUUGCGCAGAUUGUGGAUCUCUAUUGGUCCCUUACGAACCCAUUUAUGAGCGUUAAGGCCAACCGAAGAUGGUUCAAGAUCAUGGUGUACUCGGCUGGAGCAUUUACCGGUAUCUUUGCAGCUUUUGUUCCUGGCGUACAUGGACUAGCAGAUGGUAAUUAUUGCUGGACGAAGCGCAAGACGACGGAUGACCCUGUGGAGCGAGACUUUUUUCAUCUUAACCGAGGAAGUUGGCUACUUUUUUACAUGUGGAUGAUUUUAUUUUAUCUUUCGGGGAUCGCAGUAUUAAUUUUUGGAGUGAAGAGACUUCGGUCGGGACUGCGUGAUACGUUGCAGAGUCGUCGGGAAAUGUUACGAAAUGGAGCUCUGUCGAUCAUGAGUUACACUAUUUACUGGACGAUUGUGUUCAUCUGGUACGCUCUGUCCUUCCAGACACGCACAACGUACGAUAGGAACGGCAAAUUCCCACCAAGUCACAUUUUCCGUGCGUUUACGUUCACACUAUCAGCUCGUGGCGCCGUGGACUAUUUUGUGUGGUUUAUGAUAAAUAGUCCGAGUUUGAUCCGACCGAAUUGGCUCAAAUUCUCGUCUGAUUCGGCCGAUAAACAGUUUAGCGCACAGCUAAAUACUGCACUGCAGGAAGAGCUCAUUUACUUUACGAUCGAAGGGAUGACGCGUGCGAUUCAGAUAGCGGAAGAAGAUCUCAUUCGCAUUCGAGAUAGAUCCCCCACACAGGAGCUGGUAUUGGGCGUAAGUGACGAUGAAGACGACCGAACUUCACUUGGCGAGGCUGCGACGACAGCCACGGGCGUUCCUGGAGCAGGCAGCAGUAGCAAUUUACUGCAAAGCAUGCAGAAAAACCGCAUGCUGAACAGUAUUACCGAGGCUAUCAACGCUGGUCUUCAUCGUAACAGCAGCGCCGACGCAGAAGCUCGACGCACCAAGAAGAAGAACAGUAAGGAGCCUGAUUUCAGCUUCGAUAUCCCGCAAGAGCAGCGAUCCAUGCAGUCCAACGUCGAGCGUCAUGUGAAUAAUCCGUCCUCUGCUUCAACUGCUGCUACGUCUCCAAGUCGUGCGUCGGGUACUACGACCGCUUCUAUCCGGUUUACACCGUACAAGCCUCAGGCGUUUGCGGAGUUGCGUCAGGCUUACGGGAUCAAAGCUGCAGAUUUCCUAAAGUCAUUCCAGACCAGUACAAAGCCCAAUAUUAGCGAAGGUGCCAGCGGUGCGUUCAUGUUCUUCAGCGGUGACAAGAAGUACAUUGUGAAGUCUAUGGCUGAAGAGGAAGCGCGAUUCUUGUGCGAGAUCGCAGAGAAGUACACGGAGUACCUGACGUUGAAUCCGAGCUCGUUGGUCACCAAGUUCUACGGCUGUUUCAAGAUCACCAUGUACGACAAACGGUUCUACUUUAUCGUGAUGGAAAACCUGUUUGAUGUGAUGGAGGAAGGCGUUCAGAUACACCAUCGAUUCGAUAUCAAAGGGUCGUGGGUGAACCGAAGCUACAAGCGUCCACGUCGCGGUGCCAAGGUGAAAUGUCGGCACUGCUCUAUGAUGUUUAAGUAUGGCGCCAAGAAGAGUUUACUGCAGUGUCCGAACGUCGUGGGUCUGCACGAACCGAAUGUGGUUUUAAAGGAUAACGAUCUGCGUACGAGGAUGAGGAUUGGAACGGAGGAAGGUGUGGAGCUGUACGAGCAACUGCGCGAUGACUCGUUGUUCCUGUGUGACCUGGGGAUCAUGGACUACAGUCUUCUCUUAGGAGUCAUGGACAUCGAGUUCGUGGUGGAUCAGCCUUCCAGACAGCCUAGCAACUCGGUCUUAAGCGAGCGCACGGCGGCUAAUACCGCCACUAACACUGCGUCCAACAGUUUAAGCAACGACAGCUUUGUCUCGGCGUCGUCUUCGAACUGGUCAUCAUCCACUGAGAGCUCCUCGUCUGUAAACAGACCUAUGCAGCUCAAGGAAGAGGAAGUCAAGACACCGAAAAAGCUUAACCUGAGUGUAGCGCCGAGUGUGCACUCCCUAUUCAACCAGCCGGAAGACCCUCUAAACCGGUCGCGAUACCCGUCUACCGGUGGAGAACCGCGCCCUAAGCGCUCUAUGCGGAAGAGUAAGCGUGUCUUCGGACCUGGCUACUACUACGUCGGUAUUAUCGAUAUCUUGCAGACGUGGACACUGCAGAAACGCCUUGAGCGGUUCUGGAAGGUGGAUAUUCAACAGAAAGAUGGCGAAGGAUUGUCGGCUAUUGACCCCGUACGGUACCAGCGCCGGUUUGAGACUAAACUGCGCGAGAUUAUUUCGAUUCCGAAGGAAUAUCACCAUCGCCAGCGUCGUAACCAGCCGAAGAACGCCAUGUUUCAGUCCGUACAGCGUCUCAGUCCGGUGUUGCAAGCUGCCGCUGCCUUCGAGAGCGCAGCAGCAGCGCAAGAAGCGCGACGUGACUUGGCCCGUGCGCGGGGCGACUCGACCGACACGGACACGUCCGGCACGUCGUCCGGUACGGCGGAAGAUGGAGAUCUGGAACAGGCAGGAAGGAACCCGCAGCCCAUUUUACUGCCGUUUAACCAGAGGCUCAUCUCCACCAACUCGACACGCAGCCAGUUGAGCAUGACGGAUCUCGUGUGAGAGUGAAAAGUUGAAGCUGGCGACCAGCGCAAUGGCAAAUAGAUUAGGAUAGGAACUUCAGACGUUGAGUACGUUCAUGUGAAUUGCACGGGGCGGCUAGUGCCUCUCUUGUGUCGUGUACCAUAAAGAAACGUUUUCACUUCAAUGUGCGU